GCCUAGUAUUCAUUCACAGAAUAUGAAAUUGUUGCGAAAAGGAGCUAUGUCUGCCGCAUGCAACUAUCUCGCAGAAAUAGCAUGCGAAAAGGAUGAUGAUUUUUCAAGUGUAAUGGAAGACAUUUAUAAGCUGUUGAGGGAUGUUCAGAAGAGUCGCAAACCGGGUUGUACAACAAAGAGUGCAGCCUUUAAUGUGGGUGAUCCAACUGUUGUACAGGGUAGAGGUGCCCCCAAGAAGACCAGAACUGUCACCAAGAGAAGACAUUGCUCAAAUUGCAGGGGUAUUGGACACACGAUUCGUACGUGCCCGGUUUUGCUUUAUCCUGAUCAAGUCAAUAACAAUGAAACAGGUGACUCUGCAAGUGAAGGAAUUGUGGACAGCACAGACGACGAGACAAACGUUGGCAGCGUAGAUCGGCAAAAUAAUGGGGCUUCGGUGGCAAGUAAACUUAAAUCGCAGCAACGGAAGCAGGGAAAUGACUCCUCAUCCACCCAAGUAUCUAACAAGCGUUCAAAUCAGAACACGGUGUCGACAAAACAAAAUAAGCGUAAAUCUAAGCAGCGAGAAGUCCCAGUCAUGAUUCAUUCAAGCCAAGUAUCUGUGAAUGAAGUGACUCAGAGUUCACCGAAUAAUGCAGGUCGCAGUGAUGUGGAUAACAACAGAGUUACUUUGUUGCCCCAACAUCCACAGGAAAUACCUUUGACCCAAGCAUCUGUGAAUCAGGUACAGGUUUAUAACAUGGAGCCUAUUGUACAACAAGUCCACUAUCCUGUUGUUCGUGCUUCAGCUGGACUUCCAUUUUUGCAACCUACUUAUGCCGUGAAUAUGACUGAUGGAGUUCAGAGAGUGUUGUUCAUUUCACAAAAGGGUCAAGCCCAAAAACCAGGAGCCUGUUACAAGUGA